AUGGAGGCCAGUCAUCUUCAACCAAUUAGGCCCAGCAAUGGCCUACCGGAUCAUUUCCCCGACACUGUCCAAGAGGCAGGCCUUGCUGCACCUGCCGGUCCACGGACCAUUGCCCUCGGCCUCACCCGCGGCUAUGCAUCCGACUGGCAAGUCCCAGAUGCUCUGCGUGAGCUAUACCAAAACUGGAAGGAUGCCAUCCUACAGAUACAUCCCCAGAUUAGUCUAAUGGACUUCCAGCCGAAACACUCCAUCACUGGGGACCGGAACGAAAUCACGUACGUUGUCAAUUGCCCUGCAAGCGAUUCCGUUGCCGCUGGUCAUUCGUCGGUGCUGGGCUACAUCCGUUUCAAUGUGAUCCACGGGAGGAUCGAAUUUGCCACCCUAGGGACCACUCUACAUGAAGACUGCCUCGAACUCGGUCACAGCACCAAGAAAGGCAACGACAGUCGACUGGCCGGAGGCCACGGGGAGGGUCUCAAGCUCGCUGCCCUCGUACUCAGCCGCCAGAAUCACCAUAUCAAGAUAUCCACCAACGGCUGCCACUGGACCUUUAACUUCAAUGGUCGCAACAAGACGAACUUUUACUGCCGCAUCGCUCCAUCAAAAGCGAAGCGCGAGACGCUGCCCGUUGAUGCUGGCGCAGAAUCUCCGCGGCUUAGUACCAACAUCUGGAAUGAUGUCUGCGUGACGAUUGAAAAAGGGACCAAAGGACAGCGCUUGUCGUUCGCCGAUUAUCGCGCCUGGGUGGAUUGCACGGUUGACCUACAUCCAUCAUCGAACCGGAUCCGAACGGCCAAGGGAGAUUUAUUGCUGAAUCCGGAGUAUGAAGAUCAUGUAUUCCUCAAAGGAAUCCGUGUCAGCCAACGGAGCCUCGACGCUCAACCCUUCCACUGCGGCUAUGUUCUCAUCCACGGAAGCGUGGAUCGAGAUCGCCAGCGCCUGGUGAAUCCAAUCCAGGCUCGGGAGUGCAUUCAUGCCAUCUGGCAGGAAGCGAUUAACGAGGAUGAAGCUCAGGUUCUGCCUCGAUACCUCGAGCUUUUUCUCACUCAUCCGUUACCUGCCGAUGUGCAAGGAGCAGAAUAUCAGGUGACAGACAUGACUGCCCGGAAGCUGUGGGGUGUCUUGCAGCGGGACGCACGAGCAGGAAACAUUUUCUACUGUCGCCAGUCUCGACUACAUGCGGAAUCUCUUCUCAUUCGCUCGGACCUGAACAAAGAGCCGCAUGCAUUGCCCGAUGUACUGUGGGAUAUUCUUCAGAAGCAUGGCCUGCUCCGGGGUCCAGUGGAGGAGCUUCGCCACCGCCUGCAAUUUUCGGAAGCAGUAGAGGUGCCUCAGACGGCGGAAGCUCAAGGUGUAGCGCAGACGCUUCGCGGUCUACUUGCACUGCAUGCAAGCACGGCACGUACUCAGGUAGUCUUUGUUCGCAGCCAGGCGCAAGUGGUCGACGUGGCGUACCGUCCCGACAGCGAUCUCCUAUACAUUCACGAAAGAUGGCUUCAAACUCCAAGCGGAGAGGCCAGCGGCAAGUCUUUUACCGAUGAGGGCGCUUUGGUCGGGCUGCAAAACGCAGAAGAAGUUUACCAACGAGCCGUCACUAUCAUUCACAGCUCAAUUACCAAAGGUGCAUUCUUUCCGGACGCUGCUGUGCGCAACAUGAUGCGGAAGGCUCACCAGAAGGUGCGCGAGAUGCCACGCUUGAUCCGUCUGCAGCAAACAGUCGACGGACCGACGGUUUUCUUCACAACAGGUCACGGCCUGGACUUUGUGGAGCUGUGUGGCACGCAAAUCCAUUACUUAGUCACUCUGCACCGAGCUAAGUGUCCGAUUACGGGUGGACUUCUCUAUAAUCUCGGCCAAGAUACCUGUCAGUGCCCACGACAAGUAAUACCGUUGAGCACCCGAAAGGCAGUCUUUCCGGGCCUUGAAGGCGGGUCAUGGACGCCAGUAGUUUGCAAGGCGAAAGAUUUCGACGAACGUAACGUUGGCUCGGGGGGUCCAUCCUAUCUCCAGGGCGAGAAUGGGGCAUUGAUUGGAACCUCGUUCACAGCCUGUCUGCCACUGUCUACGCUGGAAAAAUCUCCGUCUGCUGAGGCUGGCUUCAUGAGCCACUGGCUCAUGCCUACUGAUCAAUUGACCGGAUCCGGCAACUACUGCCGGAACGAACAGGCUUGCGAGUCUCGCGAUAUAACACUAAAGCUUGUGGAAGAGACUCGCGACAAGCAUCCAAAUCAAUGUAUCGCGAAAUCUUCUUCGCAGUCUACUCAGAUUAGCCACGAUAUUGCUGACGAGCGGAUGACUGAUGUGACGGAUUCUGUGAACGUGGCUGUCGAAGUGUCAGUCAACCGCAUCGAUCAACUGACCGUUGCGUCCACCAAAGAGCCUCCUCGUGAGCUUCGCGAAAGGCGUCUUGGUGACCCCCACGAUACAGAUGUCACCGAAGGGCUUAACCGACCAGUAAAUGAAGCCGUGGAGAAGACUAUCGAUGGCCCUACCAACAACUGCCCUGAGUACAUCGAUAAGUCGGCCCAUGAGUCUGACAAAAAAAGGCUUGAGGGGUUCGUGGAUAACUCGACGGAAGAUUCAAUCGGUCAUGCCCUGGAUAUUCCAACCCAAGGGGCUCCUGAUGUUGACCAUCUUGAGCACGCUGACUGCCACGAGGUUGUGAAUGGCCCUAUCAUCAAGAUUACAAUGCACAAUGUCAUUGACACCACCCCUGAGUCGGGUCGACCAAAUGACAAUAAUGAAUCGGGUAGUGAGGUUCAAAACAUAGAUCUGAACCCGUCUUCUUUGACUGCAAUCCCAUCUAGACAUAACGAGGCUGAUUCACUUCCACCUUACCAAGGAACAAGCAUCGAGAGCAACGUGACUGACUUCGAGGCCUGUCAAACCAAUCGGGCAAACGGCAUUGAUGGAUGCUUGGAUCCCCAAUCCAUCUCAUCACAGGGCCUGCCAAGGGACAAGAGCUCCGCAAAUGCAAUGGAAAACCACGAACCCUGCGUCAGCAGCAGUAGCCCGCCAGAAAUGCAUCCAGAGACCCAGCCUUCUGAUAUCCCCGUGCAGCCGACAGAUCUAGUCGAUACCAGCGAGCGUACGGCAUGGUGGCAAGAACGCUCAGAGCAGCUGUGCGAGCAAAUGGCAGUCGAAAGUGUCGCUCGCAGCCUCCAAGCGGACAAACCCUCGCAACGCUAUGUUGACAAGCUCGGGAAAGGGGGAUGUGCCAUUGUGACUUUAAAUGACCAUAGUCAUCACGGCGAGGCCAAGCGAAUGUUCUUGCACAUUCACGAUGUUCUGGAGCCGGUCUCAGAGAACGGGAUUGGCCGCCGUCUCCUCGUCACAAAGUACUCCUUUCUCGCCGAACACCCGAUGCUAGGGGCUGAAAGUGCCUGUAAGGACAGAGAACUGCUGUUGCACUGGAGGAAUGUGGAUCGGAUGGGUCACCGCGACGACGCGGAGCUCAUCAAUGCCAGUGAUGUGCUCGUGGUGGAGACAGAUGGAGAUACGCCAGCUAUGCCAUGCACCGUGAUUCCACCCUGCGCAGACAUUCCUGCCGUCGGGUACUUCGUACGCUUCGGAGUCCAGGAUAGCCUGCAGUCCGGGUUUCUUUUCGUGACCACCCUGCGAUCUAUCCGAGAUGCCUCCGAUCGACCCGCCCUUCCACGGUUCGCGCCGUUGCCCGCUGCAACCGUCGUUGACCUGACGCCAGAUCAUUUAGAUCUCACUAUAGGCUUCGCACGAUCUGGAUAUCGGAUCGGUGCCGCUAUGAAUUUCGACGAAAGCCGCAAUCAAGCUUGGAAGGAGCAACACCCGUUCGCCACAAUCCAUCAGGGACCACUGUUUUCCAGUCUCUCACAUUUGGACAGCCAGCAACCGACGUUUCCCACGCAAGAGAGCCUCGUGCCUCGCAUCGCCACCAUUUCCGGACGAGCCGAGACUUCGGACACAAUUUCCAAGAGACUAAAUGCAUUGUCCACCGAAUCAUCUAUACCUACAAAAGAGAAUUCAGACGUGUGGCAGAUGUGUAGUCUGGCAGCCCGAUCUCCAGCUCUGAGCCCCGAUUUUAUCGUGGUGACAGUUUUUGACGCUGGGUCUCGGGAGAAUCCUAUCCCUGCAGUGGGACCGACUGUCCAGACUCUGCUCGAAAUGGGGUUUUCAGUCUCAUUGCAGACCAUGCCCGUGCACAGAGCUGGAGACUCAGGCAGCACCGCUGCUUUGAUCCUCCUUGCUGUCCCUUGGGGCACCAAGCCUCAAUGGAUAGACGAGACGCUCUCGGACCUGCAUCCAUCAAUCACGGAAAACAGAAUCGUGGCACGCAAUAACCCUGUCGAGGUUGUUGCCUCGGAAGUAGUCGAUGCGACCACCGCGGAGAUCCUCCAAGCUGGAACGGCGGAGAAGCCAACAGCAUGCGCCCAAGUAGCACAGGCACCACAGGCUCAUAUUAUUGAAGACACCAUGGCUCAUGCCGCCGUGUCAGUGAAUGAAGGCUUUGUGGAUUUUGCCUGCAGGAUAGCCACCACGGUCACUCGCAUCAUCGGCGAAUUCUCCAAAAGCAUGCAGCCGGUAGGAACCUGUCCGAACCCCAUCAUUCUGGCCACCGAACGCGACCGCGGCAAAAGGGUGAGAGUAGAAGUUGAUGCAGCUAUGGGAACAGGACAUCAUGAUGAAACUCGUUGA